GCAACACAGCUCCUGGAGGACCUCGUGACUUGAGUUGUCCGGUUGGCGCAUGAAUCUCUUCAUUAGACGCGCGGUCUCAGGUGCGCGCGCUGGAGACCCCGGGCCCCGUUGCGGAGGGAGGCUGACCUCGGCGAGCGGAGGACGAGGACGACAUGCCGCUGAGACGGACGAGAAACGCAGGAACGGGCCAGAAUAAAGAGCAGCUGAGCCGGGAGAUGCGACACAGCAGACUGGCGCUGUUCAUACAGCAGUUCGAGAAAGAAGCGCAAGAGCGCAUGAACGAGCUGGAGGCCAGGAUGGAGAACAUGCUGGCCACAGUUGACAAGGUCUUUAAAGUGGAGCUGAUGAAGAUGCCCCCCUCUCUUCAAAGCACGCGCGUGGGGGAUUUAAUAAGCGAGGAGGAAAUCUCCGCAAGUGAGGUGUCCAUUGCCAUGAAGAACGAGUCCCUCGAGAUGCACCAGUCCCUCAAGAGGGUACCCAGUAAAAGAGUAAAAUCGACUGAUUUUACGCCAGUCCAGUCUACCCCAGUCCAGAGGUCCUCAUCCAAGACCUCUAAGGGAGGAAACCUGACGAAAAGGACCAGAACAUUAGCUGGUAGUAACAGCACUGGAAAUCUCAGGGGCUCCACAGUCACUGCCAAAAGAACUCAAAGCCGCGUGACCAAGACCAAUGACCCGACCAUACCGAUCAAGCCUAAACUCAGGUCUGUCGUCUCUGCGGGUGAUCUACACUGUUCAAUGGCAGGCUCUGCUGCACACAUCACUGUAACCACGGCACGGGGGCAGACUGUCAGCUUUUCUGAAGAGACCAAGGAUGAAGUCAACCUGGACUUGCUGGAUGACGUGGCGUGGUGCCAGAUUCAGAAGCUGACGAGUCUGAUGGAGUAUCUGUCCAGGCGAAGUCGCUGCCAGCGACUGAUUAAAGAUGCAUGAACAUCCACAGACCAGGAUUUUUCUCUGCUUGGAUUUUGUUACAUUAAAGCUUUUUUUAAUAAGGAA